GGUGGAGGAGGAGGAAGAGGAGGAGAAGCGAGCGGCCAGGUGAAGGUGCUGCCCUGACUCCGGGACAAAGGUGAAACCCCGCGUCUAUUACCGGAGUUACACGUUUUGACUCGAACCAGCUUGGAGCCUGGAGAAGUUUUCACAUCAUGUCGUUGACGCAGGAGUCCGUCCUGUCUCUGCUCGUGUCGGAGGGAGGCCGAGUGAAGAAGUCCGAGCUGGUGAGGAAGUUUAAAGGCUCCGUGGACUGCGUGGACCCCGCACAGAAGGAGCGGAACAAGGAGCUUUUCAAGACCUUCGUCAACAACGUCGCCGUCGUCCGAGAAAUCGACGGCGUCCGCUAUGUUGUCGUCAAGAAAGUGUACCAGCAUUUACUGGAGGGAGUCAAGACCGAGAGCGAGGAGGAGCCGGGAAGCGAAGGACCUGCGGGGGCAGGUGAGCAGCAGCGCCUACCUGUGCGGGACCAGGGCUCUGCGGGUCCUGGAGAAGACGAGCCAGAUGGUCCUGACCUGGAUCAGGCGAGUGAAAGUAGUGACGACCCAACCGAAUCUCUGUGUCCCAUACAGCUGGCUCUGCGGAGGACCAGGUUCCCGGACGUCAGGGUUAAACGGAUGCUGAAUUUUGAGGUACAGAGCCAGGGCACCAGUGGAGAUGGUUGCUUUCCAAGGGGUGAAGCAAUAAAGUCCAAAACCAUCCAGAGCAAACCUUUCGCCUUGCCUCUGAGAUGCCCCCCCAGCGUCACUAGGGUGGAGGUCCACAAGCUGAAGGUGGACCCAGAUGAUCCUCCUGAAAGUCCAACACCAGAUGCCCACAGGUCCAAGAGAGGACCCCCCUCAGUGGAGGACAGGACGGGCAGCAGUGUGGGCUCACCCCAACUCAGGAGGCCGGUGAAGAGCACCAAGGCGUCAGAGGAGCAGAAAGAGAACAGGGUUCCCUCCCUGGUUCCCCUGGAGCCGUCGGAGCAUGAGUGGCUGGUCAAGUGUGCCGCCGGCCACUGGAGCCAGGCGUACGGCCUGCUGCUGAGAGACAGCCAGCUGGCCGAGAAGAGGGACUUCAUGUCAGGGUUCACCGGCCUGCACUGGGCAGCAAAGUGGGGAAACAGUGACAUGCUCACAAAGAUUGUCGACCUGUCGAGGCAGGGGGGAGUGGAGCUCGACAUUAACACGAGGACACAUGGCGGUUACACUCCUCUGCACAUUGCCGCCUUGCACGACCAGGAGUAUAUCAUGGCCACGCUGGUCGGGGAGCACAACGCCGACGUGAGGGUCAGGGACAACUGCGGGAAGAGGGCCUACCACUAUCUGCACAAGGGGGUUGCCAAGAGUGUAAGGGAGAUGCUGAGUGAACCCAAGGUCCAGCCGGCUCCGGACAGGGCCCCGCCUGAGAGAGAAGAGCCGGAGCUGUUCCCAGAUCUCCCCAAGGGUCUGCAUUCAAUAAGCCGUCUCUUCCAGCCGCACGUGACGGGCCUCAAGAAGAAGCCCAAGCAAAGGUCAGCGCUUUACUCCCUGAGCGACGACCCCGGCGAGGAGAGAGAGGACAGCGGCUUCAGAAAGAGAGUCCUGUCAGAAGCUUUGAUCUAAAGGAAGAACUCGCUCUUGUCUCACUUGAAAGAUGUAUAUUGACAUUUCACAGAUUUUUGGGCCUUCUUUCACACACAAAAACUGAAAAAUACUCGAAAUAAUAAUGAUUUGAAGUAUUAAUUCUAUCAGUUGACGACUUCUGGAGAUAAUUAAUUACCGGGAAUGAGCAGAUUUGAGAUUCUUACACUAGGUUUCCGAUAAGAGGCAAAUCUAAAGGUGUGGGUUUCAAACUGUGAUUCAGACGUGACUCAGAAAAUAUUCGACUUAUUAAUCAUCAUCUGUGGUCUCCUGGUCUUCUCAGUCUUUCAGUCUUUAUUAUGAUUUUAUAUGUAGUGAAUUAUUUUAUUUUGCAGCAUUUCUGUUCAGGCAACAAAAAACUGCACCAAUUUUUGAAAUUUAUGGCAAUCAUUCAGGAAUUUAACUUGAUUUUUACACUGGCUGUUCUCAAAGAAUAAUUUCUCAAUCUAUUUUUUGUCGCAAAAAGAAACUGAUCUACAACAAAGACAGUUUGGUACUGAUUUAACUUUUUCUCCUGUGUUUUCGUCUCUGAGUCAGAACUGAACCGAGAGCAGUGAGAUGGUCAGACUCUCGAUUUCCAGAUGCAAAAAAAAAAAAGGAAGAGGGUCGGGGGUGUGUUGACCCAUUGGGGAAUCAAACCUGUAGCAGCAGACAAAAUAAAUUCAUACAACUGUGAAA